GGGGAAGAGGGAUCCGCGGCGCGCACCGACCGGACGUGCACAGGGCCAAGCGAUUAAAAACAUCAUAUUAUUUCCCCUAAACAUUGACCACAGAAGGAUCUGUCGUCGAGCUUACGGUACCUGAGUGCAACAUUUGCAACAACAAGUUCCCAGGAUUGCAGACACCAUGUCCAAGGACAAGAGCAGCUACCCUGGGAUGGGGGAGCACAACCCCCUGCAGAGCUCUGUGUUCGGCCAGCCCCCCCCGGCCGGCUUCGCUGUGCCCCCCCCAAAUUACACACAGGCCCAGCCCGGGGCACCCCCGUACCCCCCACCUGGAACCUUUGGACAGCCAGGCUUCGCCCCAGCCCCUUACCCACAGAUGGCCUACCCCCAGGCACCUUACCCUUCCUGCCCAUACCAGCAGGGCCCCGCCCAGCCCGGCUUUGCUGCCGACCCCAACGCUCCUCUGAGCAGCCCUGGUUACCAUGGUGACGUGCCCCCAUCUUACUAUGACAACGAGGAGUUCACCAGCUCGGGGUUCGAGGACAAGACCAUCCGGCAGGCCUUCAUCCGCAAGGUGUUCAUGGUCCUGACAGUGCAGCUGAUGGUCACCUUCUCCUUUGUGGCAGUCUUCACCUUUGUGGAUGAUGCUAAAAUGUUUGUACGCCGUAACCCCUGGACGUAUUAUGUGUCCUAUGCCAUCUUCUUCAUCGCCCUCAUCGUGCUGAGCUGCUGUGGGGACUUCCGCCGAAAACACCCCUGGAACCUGGUGGCAUUGUCCAUCCUCACGCUGAGCCUGUCCUACAUGGUGGGGAUGAUCGCCAGCUUCUAUGACACAGACUCUGUCAUCAUGGCGGUCGGCAUCACUGCGGUCGUGUGUUUCACCGUCGUCCUCUUCUCUCUUCAGAGCAAGUACGAUUUCACCUCCUGCCGGGGUGUGCUGUUCGUCUGCCUCAUCGUGCUGCUCCUCUUCUCCAUCCUCUGCAUCUUCAUCCGUCACAAGAUCCUGCACAUCGUCUACGCGUCCCUGGGGGCCCUGCUCUUCACCUGCUUCUUGGCUGUGGACACUCAGCUGCUCCUGGGAAACAAGAAGCUGGCCCUCAGCCCAGAGGAGUACAUCUUUGCAGCUCUUAACCUCUACACCGAUAUCAUCAACAUCUUCCUCUACAUCCUGGCCAUUGUGGGCCGUGCACGUGAUUAGACUGCCCCCUGCAGGAGUGGAGGGCAGGCAGAAGCCACUGAAUGUUAAGUGAAGUGAUAAUGAGUCUUUUAUUCUUUCCUUUCUGAGUUUGAAGCUCCCUCUCCCCUCCCUGAAACACUGCACCUGCAGAGGUGAGGGCAGAGCACCUCCCCUCAGGUCCUACUCUGGAACCUGCAACAUACUUCAGUACCUGAGUAGAAAAGAGUGAAGAAUCCUUUACUGAAAAAUCUAAUAUAUUCAUAGCCUCUGGUUUUCCACGUUCCUUGUUUGGAUCUCACUGAUUGGCUGAUACGUGCUGGUCUUAGAGGCCAGCUGAAGCAGCCCAGAUUGCUGUUAGUGGGUUUGCUUUGCACACUGCAUGGUGAGUGACGCUCCUGUAGGACUGCAUGAGGAGCUAGCGCAGGCGGGAGAGCCCGGCUUCAGAGUGCACUGCUACCCCCAGAACACAAACCAAACCCAUCUGAGUUGUAUCGAUUCCUGUGGUUCCAGGAGGAGAUGAGAUUUUGUGAGUAGAGACACGAUGUGCUUGUGGAAAUGCUUUUGUGCGAUUCUGUAGUGCUCGCUGUUGGGUUAGCUCCCCGGGUCUCCGCCUCCCGCCUCUGGUCAGUAUAGUUUCUGUUUGUGUUUUGCUUCUUCACAAUGAUUGAUGUGAAUUGUCAAAGUGAUGGGAUUUUAAACCCUUUUGUUUUGUAUGCGGCUGGCACUAGUUGUGAUGUCACUGAUCCAUAGCAAUGUAAAACUGCAGGAGGCAGUCAGAGGGACAGACGGCCCCUGUUAAUAUUAAUAUGUAAUUUAUGAUGUACUUAUUGACCUUACUGUAGAACCCCAGGGUUGCUGUAGGUCACUAGGCCCCAUGGCUGGAUGUAACAGUAUAUGAAAGUGGGUCAGAGCAGAACCAGCGUGAGUGUGGCUGAGCGGGCCUGUGGUUCCGUCACGCUCAUUGCAGUAGUUUAUUUGGGUCCGUUUAACCCUUUGUGGUCCAGGCUGAUCUGCAUGUCACUACAGCUCACUGCUGAACGAUGGGGAGUGCCCUUCUGCAUUACAGCCCUGUUUUUAUUUUCAUUUAACAUUUUGUAUCUACAGCAGAAAAAUAGUAAUUAAGGCAUAGAGUUAGUCUUGCCUUUGUAGUUGUUUCCACUGUAAAUUCACAUUUAACUGGACUUACAUUCCUCUGUACUGCUCCUCCCUUUUCAUUCAAAAAGUCCAAAUAAAAAAAGAAAA